AUGGAACAUUAUCUUGACACAAAAUUUAGACCUAAAAAAGUUAGAACACUUACAAUUGAAGAACAACAUGAAAAUGAUUACUAUGUUCAAGAACAAAAUAUUUCAAAGAUAAAUGCUGGAACACAUUUAGAACACAUGUGCCAACUUGAUAUUAGAGAAACUCCACAUCAAAUUAGAAAGACAGGAAUUAUAUGUACAAUUGGACCAGCCUGUAGAUCAAUUGAAAUGCUUCAAACUAUGAUUGCUAAUGGAAUGAAUAUAGCUAGGUUAAAUUUUUCACAUGGAAGUCAUGAGUAUCACUCAGAAACUAUUCAUAAUAUACGUGCAGCUGUUGAUAGUUUUACUGAUUCAAGAGUUAUUGCAAUAGCCUUAGAUACUAAAGGUCCUGAAAUAAGAACAGGACUUUUAACUGGAGGUGGUUCUGCUGAAAUUGAAUUAGUUAAAGGAAAUUUUAUUCAUCUAACAACAAAUAAAAAUUAUGAAAAUUCUGGAACAGCAACUGUAUUGUAUAUUGAUUAUGUCAAUAUAAUUAAAGUUGUCAAUCCUGGGGGAAAAAUUUUUAUUGAUGAUGGUUUAAUUUCAUUGAUUGUUCAUGAAAUAUUAGAAGAUGGUAUCAUUUGUCUUAUUGAAAAUGGUGGUAUGUUAGGUUCAAGAAAAGGUGUUAAUCUUCCUGGAGCAAGUGUUGAUUUACCAGCUGUUAGUGAUAAAGAUAUUUCUGAUCUUAAAUUUGGAAUUGAACAUCAUGUUGAUAUAAUUUUUGCAUCAUUUAUUAGAACAGCUGAUGGUAUUCAUACAAUUAGAAAAGUUCUUGGUGAAGAAGGUAAAAGAAUUAAAAUUAUUGCUAAAAUUGAAAAUGAAGAAGGUGUAAUUAAUGCUGAUAGCAUUAUUGAAGCAGCUGAUGGUAUAAUGGUUGCCCGUGGUGAUCUUGGAAUUGAAAUUCCAGCUGAAAAAGUUUUCUUAGCACAAAAAAUGCUUAUUUCAAAAUGUAAUAAAGCUGGAAAACCUGUAAUAUGUGCAACACAAAUGCUUGAAUCUAUGGUACAUAAACCAAGACCAACAAGAGCUGAAGGUUCUGAUGUUGCUAAUGCUGUACUUGAUGGUGCUGAUUGUGUUAUGCUUUCUGGUGAAACAGCUAAAGGAGAUUAUCCAGUACAAGCCUUAAAAAUUAUGCAUUACAUUUGUAAAGAGGCUGAAGCAGCUGUUUAUCAGUCAAAGUAUUUUGAAGAGCUACUUAUUAAUACUCCUAAACCAACACCAAUGGCACAUACAAUUGCUAUUGCUUCUGUCUCUGCAGCAGUCAAUUGUAAAGCUGCAGCAAUUCUUAUUUUAACACAUACUGGAACAUCAGCACAAUUAUGUUCAAGAUACAAACCACCAGUACCAAUAAUUGCUGUAUCACGCGACUUAAAAACUGUUGCUGAUCUUCAUUUAUAUAGAGGUGUUUUUCCAAUCUUUUAUAAUCUUCCUGAAAGAGAUCCAGACUGGACAACUGAUGUUGAUAAUCGUAUUGAAUUUGGAAUUCAAAUGGGAAUGGAUCGUGGAUUUAUAAAAUCUGGUGAUUUUAUUAUUCUUGUUACUGGAUGGACUAAAGGUACAGGAAAUACUAAUACAUUAAGAAUCAUAACAGCUCCAUAA